AUGUCAACAAUCCAGCCCUUCACCGUCUCAAUCCCCCAAUCCUCUCUCGACGACCUCCAAACCCGCCUCCGCCUAACCCGCUGGCCCGACAAAGAAGUAGUCAGCGACUGGACGCAAGGCGUACCCCUCGCCACAAUCCAAGAGCUAUGCGAGUAUUGGCAGUCCAAGUAUGAUUGGCGCCGCUGUGAAGCACUGCUUAACUCGUACCCGCAAUUCACGACCACUAUUGACGGUGUGGAAAUAUACUUCAUCCACAUCCGCUCGAAACAUGAGGGUGCUCUGCCCAUGCUCCUUACCCAUGGCUGGCCUGGCUCGGUGCUGGAAUUCAAACAUGUCAUUGACAAGUUUGUGAGUCCGGAGGAGGGCAAGGAUGCUUUUCAUCUCGUUAUUCCAGCGCUUCCAGGUUAUGGGUUUUCGGGAAAGCCGACGGAGAUGGGAUGGAGUCAUCAGCGCGUAGCGAAGGCGUGGGGUGUAUUGAUGAAUCGGUUGGGGUAUGCGGAUGGAGGGUGGGUUGCGCAGGGAGGUGAUUGGGGAGCGCUUGUGACUGCGAGUCUGGGGAACCAGGCACCCAAGGGGUUGAAAAGUGUGCACUUCAACUCCAUAUAUUUUGAUGUCAAGAAAGAAGCGCAAACACCCUCUGGAAAUAAAUCGGGGGAGGAAAGAGCGUUGUAUUUUGCUCGUCAAAGGGAAGUUACGGGUUUCCGCGGAUAUCUCCUGCAGCAAUCCACGAGGCCGCAGACAGUCGGGUAUGGCCUGGCUGACUCACCCGUCGGACAAGCUGCAUGGAUUUACGAAAAGUUGCAAGACUGGUCGCAUCACGACGGAGACGUAGAGACCGUCUUCACCAAAGAUGAGAUGCUCGACACCAUCAUGUUGUACUGGCUCACCAACUCUGCAACAUCAUCUGCUCGAUUUUACUGGGAGAAUCGCCAUAUCAACUUGACUAGUUGGCAGAUUGAUUUACCGGUUGGCGUGAGUUGGUUCGGGGGCGAUAAUUCGUACAGUCCGAGAGAGUGGUGUGAAAGGCAUUAUACGAAUAUUGUGCAUUGGAAGGAGACGGAUAGGGGCGGGCACUUUGCGGCUUGGGAGAAACCAGAAAUGUUUGUAGCGGAGGUACGCGAGUGGGCAGACAAGAUUAGAUGA